AUUCCGCAGCUAGUUAGCUAGAUUAAUUUAUCAAACCACUUUGUAUGCGUUGUUCGUUGGCAACCUUGAACUUUAUUAAGUUUUGGAACAGAUUCCUGUUGGAACGUUCCACAGUAGAGCAUUGGACCAGUAACCGGAAGGUUGCUAUAUCGAAUCCCCAAACUGAUAAGAUUCUUCUCUCCUCCUGGAACCCAAUGAUCCCAUUGUUGGACAGGCCUUCACCUUGCCAUCAUCGACUAAUGGGACAAUGGAAGAAGAGAGCCAGGACUGUGUCAGAGUGUCUGACAGCUCAGCUGAGGCCAUGGAGGAGUUAAGCAUCACAGAGUGUAGAGUAGUAGACCAGAGCCUGUGUACUACUGAUCCUCCCAUGAGGUCUCUUGAAAACUUUGAAGCAGAAAUCUACGAUCAUGAGGGCAAGGGAGCAUACAGGUUCCAGUGCCCCAGUGCAGGUCUGUUCCAGUGCAGUAUAACAGGCCUGGUGUUCAGGAUGGAGGGAGAGGGAGAGGUGCUCUAUAGGACAGUCCACUGGGACAGGAGGCUUCUAUUCCAGAGAGGCAAGAGACCUGCAGGACCUCUGUUCACGUUUACAUGCCUUAAGGGGUCUGUCAAUCAACUACACCUUCCCCACUGUGAGAUUCAUUCUGAGGGUGGAUGUGACUUCCUGUCUGUAGCCCAUGUGACUGAUGAUGACAGUAUGGAGUUUCUCCUUCCCCAUGAGGCAACAGAAUCUCACGUCAUAUUAAACAUCACUGGAUUCAGCAAAUAUGGCAUCACCAAGGAGCAGGAAGCUCCUGUCUCUCCUAUCCGUGCUCUGGUGCUACUAUUUUACCAACUCCCAGAUGAUAACAAUAGUUCCACCCUAAAUGUGUUGUUGCUGCCCAGAAAUGUUGACAUUGAUGAGGAAGCAGAGUUUGUGGAUUAUGAUUCCUAUACAAACUACAUUCCGACAUUUCAGUUGUAUUUACAAACUGUUAUUAAAAAAGUGAAUCUUCUUCUGGAAGAACAUGGUGGUCCUGAAAAUGAACGUGUAUGGGACCGCCUUGUUUCACUACCAGCCUCACCAACAGAAGUGAAGUCUGCAGUCUCCGCAACAGAAGUUCCCUCUUCAGUUACACCACCAGGUGGCGCUACAUCGGGGACAACAAAGGUUCAUUUUCUGCUGUUGGACACUAUGGAAAAGCUGAGUCGAAGCGACCUGAAGAAAUUUCAGUGGUGCCUGAUGAAGGGUGUGGAGCGCUUCUCUUCCAUCUCAGGGGGCCUGCUGGAGGAUGCUGACAGGCUGGUCACAGUGGAUAGGAUGGUACAGAACUACUGUGAUGAGGGAGCUGUGAAGAUCACACUGGAGAUCCUGAGGAAGAUUAACCAGAACAAUCUGGCUGAUGAGUUAGAGAUAAAGUUCCCAAACAAUGUCUGAACUGUAUACAGUAUGACUACAACUCUGUAUGCAUUCGCACAUCAAGUCUUCUCUUGAGAUGGGCUCAGGGAUGGAACAACUAUUGAACAUCUGUGGUUGUUUG